CUCUCGCUGACUGGGGCCAGCAACACACUCACUAUUGGAGAACAGGGAAGCAGAACAGAGAAGCAAGAGUCGAUAUACAGGAGAGGGGAAAAAGAAAUCACUGACCGUAAGCAAGCAAAGACAGAGAGAGAGAGAGAGAGAGAGAGAGAGAGAGAGAGAGAGAGAGAGAGAGAGAGAGAGAGAGAGAGAGAGAACGAACAAGCACACUGAAAAGGAGGAGCAGAGGGGAGAGAGAGAAAAGGAGACGUGUGUGUGACAGACAGAGGAAGAGAGAGAAAGAGAGAGAGAGAGCUACAUCAGUGCUGAGCCAAUCCAUGUGGUGACACAGCCACACACACACACGCCGCGCACACUCACAGUCACACCAAGAAGGGGAGUCACAGAGAGAGAGAGAGAGCGCUCGAGAUUCUUUCACACACACACACACACACACUCCACACUCCACACACAGAGACAGCGCAAGCAAGAGAGAGAUAGCAAGACUCUUACACACAUACACAAACACAUACUCCACACACACACAUACACACGCACACACCCCCUCCAUACACACACACACACACAUAGUGUACACGCACGCAUGCUCGAGCGUGCACACAGACUCGCAUGGACACGCUGACAGCGGCGGUACACAGAGCAGCGGAGCAGAAGUUGUGAUAGCGCGAGGAGAGGAGAGACAUGGAGAGCAGCAUGUAUCUGGGUAAUGCAUGCCAGGGCCCCCUGCUGCCCACCCUGAUGCGGCCCCCUCUGCCCGGCCUGCAGCCUGCUGCCCUGGGCAUCAAGCAGUUCCUGCCCUUCCCCCUGGAGCCCGCCUCCGGGGUCAGCCUCUUCCCCGGCUUCAGCACGAUGGAUCCAGUCCAGAAGGCGGUGCUGCAUCAUACGUUUGGGGUGCCCCCCUCCCCCAAGAGGAAGUACAUCUCCUGUGGCGUCUGCCAGCUGCGAUUCAACUCACAGAGCCAAGCGCUGGCCCAUUUCAAAGGGACCAAACACGCCAAGAAGCUGAAAGCCCUGGAUGCCCCCAAAUGCAAGCCCAAGAGCUUGCCAGUCUCCAGGGAAACCAGCGCCAAAGAGACCCCCAAAAGCUUCUCUUCAGCUGCAGCAUGCCUCAGCGCUGACAGGAAAGACGGCGGCAGUGGUCUGGCUGUGUUGUCUGUUCCACUACCACUGCCACUGCCACUACCACUCCCACCACCCCCACCACAGACACCACUAUCACCCAGUCCCACACCACUCUCCUCCUCCUCCUCCUCCACCUCCGCCAUGCCUUUGCCCUGCCUGCCUGUCUCCGGCAGUGCGAGCGGAGGCGGUACCAGGAUGGAUGCUGCCAGUCCGUCGUCAGGAUCAGGAGACGGGGAUGGGCCGGGGACGGGGACCGUGAUGGCAGCAGCUGUCCUUCUCGCCACCCCUAGAGGGGUUACCGCUGGAGGGGACGCAGCAGAGGAAUCGAUGGUGCUUGGAGGAGGAGGAGGAGGUGGUGGUGGUGAGCUGGGAGAGGGGGAUGUGGUGGAGGGAGGAGGAGGAGGAGCAGAAGAGGGGGAGAAGGAGGGAGAGGAGCCUGUGGAGACGGAGGAGGAGAAGGCGCGGAGGCUGCUGUACUGCUCCCUCUGCAAGGUGGCCGUCAACUCCCCCUCACAGCUCGAGGCACACAACAGCGGCACAAAACACAAGACCAUGCUGGAGGCACGGACCGGCACAGGCUCCAUCAAGUCUUUCCCCCGUGCUGGCGUCAAGAGCAAGCUACCAGUAGCGCCCACCGUGGCCACCACCGGCCUGCAGAACAAAACGUUCCACUGUGAGACCUGCGAUGUGCACGUCAAUUCGGAGACACAGCUGAAACAGCACAUCAGCAGCCGACGCCACAAAGACAGAGCCGCGGGGAAACCGGCCAAGCCUAAAUAUAGCCCUUACACCAAACCCCAGAGAGGACAAACUAAACAACCGGACUUUUUAAAUCUCUCUCUGCAGGGAAAACUGUCGCUGGACAAGGAGCUGUGCCAGGCUCUGCAGACCAGGAUGAUGGCACCCUCUCACCUGGCAGCCGUGGCUGCAGCUGCAGCCGCCAUCAACUCCACCCUGCACCCCACCCUCCACCGCUCCACUCCCGCCCCGUCCCUCUUUCAGACUCAGUCUCUCCCAGCUGCACUCCUCCGUCCCGCUCCAGGGCCCGUCAGGACAACCCACACACCUGUGCUGUUUGCCCCCUACUGACCGACCUCUCAACUCUGAACUCUUCACCUCUGACCUUUUGACCUGCCGGCCUGGCCUGCUGCUUCGCGAGGAGGUGCAGGUUUAGCUGGUGGACCUCCCAAAGGCACUCUACUCGGACCUUUGCCAAACAUCCACGUUUACCCUCUCAACCCCUUUUCCAGAGUUCCUCUCCUCCGGAGUGUUUUUUUUUCCAAAAACAUAGCCACAAGUUAGCAACUCCGUUGGUUGGUAAUGAUGGGUGAUUGCAUUUACAACCAACAAAGCACUGCAGCUGUUGUACUUCUGCCUGUUUUCCACUGCUGGUUUUCUGGUAGGCCUACAGCUCGACUCGUCCUCCACAUUUUGCUUUACGUUUAAGCUGUGCCAUGCCUAUUCGAAAAGCAAAAAGUGGCGGCCGAGUCGAGCUGUGUCGAGCUGUAGGUCUACCAGAAAACCGGCAGUGGAAAAGAGCCAUUAGCGACUAGUGUUUUGGGAAACCCACUCCAGACCAGGAAUUUUGUUUGUUUGAUAUCACUCUGCAAUAAUUAAGAAAAAAGACAAACCAAGGUAACUAUGCAGUGUUGUUUCAGACUUGAAGCUGUACAUGACUAAAGAAUAUACUGAUGCUUUUGUUUUUAUUUUUGUUUGUUUUUGUUUUUUUGAGAGAAAAAAACUCGGUAACACUUUACUUAAAGGGACACUGUGCAGACAAUGGUCAAAAAAGGUACUGCAACUAUGUUGCUUAUUGAAAUUGGGCUG